UUAGAGUGUUAAAGUUGUCGCGCUUUUCUUCAAGGCACCUUACCUAGACAUUUAUACAAGAUGUUCGCGUUCGGAAAUAAAAAUACUAUAUACUGUGUCCUUUUGUUCAUUUUACUCUUGACGCAUGCAACGGCCGAUGAACACUCGGUUAAUCCAGCAGUGCCACGGACGUGUUACAGUUGUGAAGGCAUCAAUUGCUUGCGAGUCUCACAAUUGAAUGCUACGAGCGAUUGCUUGGAUUUGUUGGAUUAUUGUGUGACAGUUUUUAGAGGAUUCACAGUAAUAGCUCGCGGUUGCUAUGCCGACUUGGAAAUGAACUUGCGUGAUAAAUGUGACUUGGACAACCAUCCCGAGUGUGUAAAAUGCUUCGGCAAUCGUUGCAAUGACAAGGGACGCGCCGAUUUCCAAUGCAUCGAGUGCAAGUCGAGUGAGGAUAAAAGAUGCGCCUCCGACACCAGCGCCCUGACUGCCGUGCAAUGUCCAGUGCCCACCGCACAGAACUCUUACUGUUAUGUCCGCGAGUCCAAGGAGGAAGGCACUACACGUGGCUGUUUUGUGCAUCAGCAAGAACAAGAAGAGUGCCUCAGUGAUGCACAGUGUUCCAUGUGUUUGAGCGACGACGCGGUGGCUUGCAACGCAUACAAUGUAUCCACAGGAGCUAAAUCAGGCAGCAGCAGUGGACUUAGCAAAGUCAGUGCCACAUCUACCGCUUCUUUUCUGCUGUUCGCUUUUAUUGUGCGUUCAAUAUAAAUAUGUGAUUGUGUCUUUUUUUACUAGAAACUAAGUAUUCGAUAAAAGUAUUCAACACCGAGUUCUCGCGAUAAGAGGGUGUUGUUAAAUUUAUUACCUGUUAAUCUUCAUAUUCUACGAAUAAAGUAAUUGUAAUGACUAGACUUAGUAAGGUAUGAACUAAAAGUUCAUUACCAAACAAA